GCCAUUAGGUGGGGAGGCAGGGGCAAAGGCAGGACACCACCCCAACUCGGAGCCUGCCAGCUUGGUCAGCCCCGACUCAGGCCUCUCAGCUCCCCACCUGCCAGAAGCCCGAGGAGCCAGAGCAGCCCAGCCCACGUGCCCGGGCUCCCGCCCCUGCCUUCACUUGAUAACGAAGCAGAAACUGAAACAGGUUCAGGAUUCCCGGCUUACACUCAGAGAUGAGUCACUACUAAAAGCAACUGCAGUAGCUGAGAAGGCACAGGAGAGGCAGCCCGUGCCAGGGCCCCUGCGGAGCAUGGCGAGCAACGCGGAGGUGGUGGCCAUGGACUGCGAGAUGGUGGGGCUAGGGCCCAGCGGGGAGAGCGGCCUGGCUCGCUGCAGCCUCGUGGACUUCCAGGGCACCGUGCUCUAUGACAGGUUCAUCCGGCCCGAGGGGGAGAUCACGGACUACAGAACCCGGGUCAGCGGGAUCACGCCGCAGCACAUGGAGGGGGCCACGCCGUUCGCAGUGGCCAGGCUAGAGAUCCUGCAGCUCCUGAAAGGCAAGCUAGUGGUGGGCCAUGACCUGAGGAAUGACUUCAAGGUGCUGAAAGAGGACACGAGCAGCCACGCCAUCUACGACACGUCCACCGACAGGUGGCUGAAGCGCGAGGCCAACCUGGGCCACUGCAAGCGGGUCUCCCUCCGGGUGCUGAGCGAGCGCCUCCUUGGCAAGCACAUCCAGAACAGCCGGUUUGGACACAGCUCGGUGGAAGAUGCGAGGGCAGCAAUGGAGCUCUACAGACUCUCUUGCUGGAUCCGGGCCCGCCGAGGGCUGCCCAGCCCGGCUCUCCCCAACUGAAGCUGGACCCUGCCCCGUCCACCGGAACUAAAGCUUCGGCCUCUUCGGGAGCAGUGGCUCUCUUGCUUUUGGAAAAUGCCUCACUGGUAAUAAAAUGGCUUUCUAUUUUUUCUACUCCA